AUGCCCCCACACUUCCUAGCUCAGGAGAUCUUGGAGGAUCCUCCGCUACCACCUAUGCCGAACUUCACCGCUCUUUUGGCAGCUGUACCACCACCACCGGAGCCUCAGCCUGACAUGCCCGUGGAGAUUGGGCAUGUGAAGGAGUUGCAUUUCAGGAAAAUGGAUAACGACAUGGCGGAAGCUUUACGCCAACUGACUAAUUUCUUAGCUAAUCAGGCUGCCAAAGCCGAACAACAUAAUCAACCAGCAAAGGAUGAUGUAUACAAAGGAAUUGACAAAUUCCUUAAGCGAAAUCCACCUCUAUUUGACGGAGGUUAUGACCCUGAAGGUGCCAACCGUUGGCUCCGUAAAAUUGAGCAGAUCUAUGAGUCCUUGCCUACAAGUGAGGACAGGAUGCUAACUUAUGCUUCUUACUUGUUUCACGAAGAAGCUAGGAACUGGUGGGUACACGCCAAAAACAGAAUCACUCCACCUGAUGGAGUCUUGACUUGGAGCAUCUUCAAGGAGUCAUUUCUUGAAAAAUACUUUCCUGCUGAUGUAAAAGGCAAAAAGGAGAUCGAGUUCUUGGAGCUCAAACAAGGAGAGAUGUAUGUGGGACAAUAUGCGGCUCGCUUUGAAGAAUUGAGUCAGUUUCAUCCUUACUAUGGUACAACAGCUGACGGCGCCUCCAAAUGCAUUCGUUUUGAGUGCGGUUUGAGGCCUGACAUCAGGGCAGCAAUUGGACAUCAGCAAAUCCGCACUUUUACUGUGCUGGUGAAAAAAUGCCGGAUAUUUGAAGAAAAUGAUCGAGCUCGGAGGGAGUACUACAAAAGCUCAAAAUUCAACAAGACUUCUAAGAGGAGAGAAGAACGAAAGAAGCCUUAUUCACCUAGGAACUACAAACGGGAACUUCAAAACAGAAACUAUGGUGGUGCAAGACCAACAAAUCCUAACAGCCAUGUGACUUGUUAUCGGUGUGGAAAUGAAGGACACAAAUCUUGGAGUUGUACUACAACAACUACAUCAGGACAGACUAACUUGAAGCCACCCGUUGCUGGAGGUACCAACACCACUUCUGCACCAAGAAACUCUGCUGGAGCAAGUGCUCAGAAACCUGGGAGAACUGUGAACAAGGGUAAAGUUUUUGCAAUUACCGGCGCAGAGGCCAAUACUUCUGAAGAUUUGAUACAGGGUACGUGUUUCCUCUGCGACAUCCCUUUAGUAGUUUUGUACGAUUCAGGUGCGACACAUUCCUUCAUAUCACAUGAGCGGGCUAAGUCGCUAAAAUUGCUUAUAACACAAUUACCUUAUGACUUAGUAGUAACCACUCCUACCAAGGAAUCUGCAGUCACGUCUUCUGUAUGUAAGAAGUGUCCCUUGGUGAUAGAGAACAGGGAAUACAUUACUUAUCUUGUCUGUCUACCUUUAGAAGGUCUAGACAUUAUUCUGGGCAUGAAUUGGCUUUCCAUCAAUAAUGUAUUGUUGGAUUGUCGGCUAAGAGUCCCCAUAUUCCUCCAAAAGUACAAGGAGAAGCAGACCGCCUCUUUACCUGAGAAGAAACCCUCAGCAUACUUAAUUCUCUUCUCUUCAGAAGGAACCAAGCGACCAGCCAUGGAAGACAUUCCCGUUGUACGAGAAUUUCCAGAAGUUUUUCCUGAAGAUAUGACAGAACUUCCACCAGAAUGGGAAGUGGAGUUUGCUAUUGAUGUGAUUCCUGGAACAGCACCAAUUUCUGCAGCACCUUAUCGCAUGUCACCCUUUGAGCUUGCUGAAAUAAAGAAACAAGUUGAAGAGUUAUUGUCCAAAGGGUUCAUCCGUCCCAGUGUAUCGCCAUGGGGAGCUCCGGUAUUGCUUGUGAAGAAGAAGGACGGAAGCAUGCGUUUGUGUGUUGACUAUCGUCAACUCAAUAAAGUUACCAUUAAAAAUAGGUACCCUUUACCUCGAAUCGAUGAUCUCAUGGAUCAAUUGAAGGGAGCCAGAGUCUUCUCCAAAAUUGAUUUGCGGUCCGGUUACCACCAAAUCAGAGUUAAAGUAGACGACGUGCAGAAGACAGCCUUUCGGACUCGGUACGGGCACUAUGAAUAUUUGGUGAUGCCGUUCGGGGUGACCAACGCUCCUGCAAUUUUCAUGGAUUAUAUGAACAUGAUCUUCCAUCCCUACCUAGAUAAGUUUGUGAUAGUCUCUAUAGACGACAUACUUAUCUAUUCCAAAAGCAAGGAAGAGCAUGUUGAACAUCUGCAGGUCGUAUUGAAGGUCUUGAAGGAUCGGAAACUGUAUGCCAAACUCUCAAAAUGUGAGUUCUGGCUAGAGCAAGUUCAAUUUCUGGGACAUGUUGUGAGCGGAGACGGAAUCGCUGUAGACCCUGCCAAAGUAGAAGCUGUGAACUCAUGGAAGGUCCCGGAGACUGUCACUGAAGUAAGAAGUUUCUUAGGGCUGGCUGGAUACUAUCGAAGAUUUAUUGAAGGGUUUUCUAAAAUUGCUACUCCACUAACUCAGCUGACCAAGAAGGAUCACCCGUUCGUCUGGACGGAGAAGUGUGAACAGAGCUUCCAGACCUUGAAGGAGCGACUAACUAAAGCACCGGUGUUGACCUUACCAGAUCCCUCAAAGGACUAUGAUGUGUACUGUGACGCCUCGAAAUUUGGUUUGGGGUGCGUGCUAAUGCAGGAACGGAAGGUUGUAGCCUACGCCUCACGGCAACUACGACCUCCCGAGCAAAACUACCCAACUCAUGACAUGGAGCUAGCAGCGGUGGUUUUCGCUUUGAAGAUCUGGAGACAUUAUCUGUAUGGUGUAAGAUUCACUAUAUACAGUGACCAUCAGAGCUUAAAAUACUUGUUUGAUCAGAAGACUCUCAACAUGAGACAACGCCGAUGGAUGGAAUUCCUUGAAGACUAUGAUUUCAAGUUACAAUACCACCCGGGAAAAGCUAAUGUGGUGGCUGAUGCGUUGAGUCGAAAGAGUUUACACGCGGCAAGAUUGAUGAUUGAAGAAACAGAGUUGAUAGAAAAAUUCAGAGAUAUGAACCUCAUCAUGGAGACUUUACCACAGGGAACGAGACUUGGGACCCUGACUCUCACCAAUGAGUUCAUAGAAGAAGUUAAAAAGGAGCAAGCGCGAGAUGAGAAUUUACAGAAGGAAGCACAUGGGAGAGACAACAUGAGCAAACCUGAUUUUCUCAAGGGUUCUGACGGUCUUUGGAGAUAA